CCUCCUGCCUGUUUUUCCAGGAGGAGAUGAAGGAGAAGGCCAAGGUGGAAGAGGAGAAGAAGGAUGAGGAGAAGGGAGGACCCCAAAGGCAUUCCCGAGUUCUGGCUAACGGUUUUCAGAACGUCGACCUGCUUAGCGACAUGCUGCAGGAACACGAUGAACCCAUCCUCAAGCACUUACAAGAAUAUCAAAGUCAAAUUCUCAGACCCUGGCCAGCCAUGAGCUUCUCUUUAGAAUUCUUCUUUGAGCCCAAUGAGUUCUUCACAAACACGUUGUUGACAAAAACCUACAAGAUGAGGUCUGAGCCUGACGAGAGCGACCCCUUCUCCUUCGACGGGCCUGAGAUCAUGGGGCUGCACAGGUUGUACGAUCGACUGGACGAGGGCAAGAAACUCACGCUGAAGACUAUCAAGAAGAAGCAGAAGCACAAGGGGCGUGGCACAGUCAGGACCGUCACCAAGACAGUCCCCAACGACUCCUUCUUCAACUUCUUCACCCACCUGAUGUCCCUGAAAGUGGACGAUCUGGUAAGUAAUGCUUUCCGUUGUGACGAGGACUCUGAGGCUGUCCUCGCCGCGGACUUUGAGCCCAUCGGACCACUAUCAUCCGCGAGCUACGAAUAG